ACCACCACUACCAUACAUGGAGGCACAUGUACACAAACGUGCGUGCACACAUCACACACAGAGGAAGAGCCCUCUCACGGCCAGUUAUUCUGCCCCAAGGGGCCAGGCUCUGUUCCCUGCUUGGUCUCAGCCAUGGACCCUGAGAUGUUCUGAGAUGCUAUGUGGCAGCUCUCCACCCCCCGCCCCGGCCCGCUAUGCUCAGCCCUCAGCCUCUGGAGGAGCCUGGGGCUGGACCCAGGAGCCACCUUUGCAGGAGCUGCUGACUGCUGAGUAGCCUGGUCCUUGCUGUCUCACACCUAACUCUCUCCUUCUCUUUCCCGGUCUCUGUGUCUCUCCCCUGACCUACUGUCUGUCUUGCUCUCCCUCCCUCCAUGCCUGGGGCUGCAGAACCGCAUGCACGAGUCUCUUAUGCUCUUCGACUCCAUCUGCAACAACAAGUUCUUCAUCGAUACCUCCAUCAUUCUCUUCCUCAACAAGAAAGAUCUCUUUGGAGAGAAGAUUAAGAAGUCACCUUUGACCAUCUGCUUUCCUGAGUACACAGGCCCCAAUACCUAUGAAGAUGCAGCUGCCUACAUCCAAGCACAAUUUGAAAGCAAAAACCGCUCACCCAACAAGGAAAUCUACUGUCACAUGACUUGUGCCACAGACACGAAUAACAUCCAGGUUGUAUUCGACGCCGUCACCGACAUCAUCAUUGCCAACAACCUCCGGGGCUGCGGCUUGUACUGACCUCUUGUCCUGUAUAGCAACCUAUUUGACUGCUUCCCGGACUCUGUGCUGUUGACGUUGAUCUCCUGGUAGCAUGACCUUUUGGCCUUUGUAAGACACACAGCCUUUCUGUAUCAAGCCCCCGUCUCACCCCGGCCCCAGAGUGACUGACGGCUGUGUAUUUCUGUAGAAUGCUGUAGAAUCCGGUUUUAGUUGAGUCUUUACAUUUAGAAUUUGAAAGGAAAAAACAAACAAAAGUAACACUUCUCAUGUGCUUUGUAGCAUAAAAAAGGAAAAGAAAAACGUUACCAUUUCAUGCAUUUUUCCUUUUCUUCCUUUUAAAAUCCACAUGCGCAUCUGCACCCACACCUGCCCCCCAUUCCCAGGUCAAGGCAGGGCCCACAGUGCACCUGCAGAGUGGUCCCUGGGGCCGGCCAGGUUCAGGCCACAGGCCUCGUCGCUGCCUGGCAGGAAUCUGACCUGGCUCCAGGCUGGCGGCUCCAGCCCCACGCUUCCUGCAGGUUUGUAGAGAAAAAGCACAGCUCUCACUGGCCAGUAGCUGCCAAAAAAAAUCCCACGUGAAGGGCAGCCCUCCACCCCAGCCUUCCCCAUGCCCCCUCUACAAACGCCCUUAGCGACUUUGUUCCCAUGUUUCUGUCCUGCUGAGCACCGUGCCCCACCUGU